AUGGUGCAGCAGCCCGGCUUUGUCGGGUCGGCGGGGACUAGAGACAAGAUGGCGGGCGAGGUCGAGACCUAUGCAUUCCAGUCUGACAUCAACCAGCUCCUGUCGCUGAUCAUCAACACCUUCUACUCCAACAAGGAGAUCUUCCUGCGCGAGCUGAUCUCCAACUCCAGCGAUGCCCUGGACAAGAUCAGGUACCAGAGCCUGACCGACAAGACCCAGCUGGACUCCAACCCGGAGCUCUACAUCCACAUCGUGCCCGACAAGACCAACAACACCCUCACCAUCACCGACUCGGGCAUCGGCAUGACCAAGGCCGACCUGGUGAACAACCUGGGCACCAUCGCCCGCUCCGGCACCAAGGCCUUCAUGGAGGCGCUGUCGGCGGGCGCAGACAUCUCCAUGAUCGGCCAGUUUGGCGUCGGCUUCUACUCGGCAUACCUGGUGGCAGACAAGGACAGCCAGAACCGCGCCAAGCUGUCGGAGCUGAUGCGCUUCCACUCCACCAAGAGCGGCGACGAGACGACGUCGCUCAAGGACUACGUGACGCGCAUGAAGGAGGGGCAGACCAACAUCUACUACAUCACGGGCGAGUCCCGCAAGGCCGUGGAGAACUCUCCCUUCCUGGAGAGGCUGAAGAAGAAGGGCUACGAGGUCCUCUUCAUGACCGAGCCCAUCGACGAGUACGUGGUGCAGCAGCUGAAGGAGUACGACGGCAAGAAGCUGGCCUCGUGCACCAAGGAGGGGCUGGAGCUGGGGGAGAGCGAGGACGAGAAGAAGGCGGCCGAGGAGCGCAAGGCCCUGCGCGACUCCUCCAUGUCCGCCUACAUGAGCAGCAAGAAGACGCUGGAGAUCAACCCCACCAACGCCAUCAUGGAGGAGCUGCGCAAGCGGUCUGAGGCGGACAAGGGCGACAAGACGGUGAAGGACCUGGUGCAGCUGCUGUUCGACACCAGCCUGCUGGCCUCGGGCUUCUCCCUGGAGACCCCAACACCUUUGCCGGCCGCAUCUACCGCAUGGUCAAGCUGGGGCUGUCCAUCGACGAGGACGUGGGCGGCGAGGAGGCGGCUGCCGAGGAGCUUCCGGAGCUGGAGGAGAAUGUGGAUGAGGGCAGCCGCAUGGAGGAGGUGGACUAAGCCAUAGGCUCAACAUACCUGAGCCCCGCCGCCGCAGCAGCAGCUGCACGGCUCCGGCGUUGCCGCAACCGCGGUGGCGCCCGGGUGCACAGGCGGCUGGCUGCCCGCGGCCCUGGGUCGAGCUGCCCGCGCGGCCGAAACUCAAACCCUGAACACGCGCGGACACCUGGCUGCGUGACCGUUCAGCUGCCCGGGGCGCGCCCCGCCGCCCUCCUGUUACCUUGCUUUGCUUCUCACCACACGCAUCCUCCUUGGCACGUUUCCUGUCAGUUUUUUAAGGGCUGGGCUCACAUUCUAAUGCCUGAUCUGCUUCCGAGAACCCCAACCCCACCACCAAAAACAUUUGAUUGUAACGAAGAAACAGACA